GGGAGGGGGAGAGGGAGAGGGAGAGGGAGAGCUCUGCCUACAGCGGGGAAGGUCAAGUCAGGCUAACUAGAGAAGCAGAGCACCAGUCCACACAGGCCCUGAGCGGCCCACCCGCCAGAGAGGAGUCUGGGAGACUACCACAGGACAGAGAGCAUUAUGGGAGACCACAGGACAGUUCUGAAGACAGAGAGCAUUAUGGGAGACCACAGGACAGUUCUGAAGACAGAGAGCAUUAUGGGAGACCACAGGACAGUUCUGAAGACAGAGAGCAUUAUGGGAGACCACAGGACAGUUCUGAAGACAGAGAGCAUUAUGGGAGACCAUCACAGGACAGCUCUGGCGGUAGCUCCACCUUCCUCCUGACCGAAUCCGUGCGGAGGGCGGAGCCUGAGGGCUGCAGCGCCGGCCUCUCGGACACGGUGAUUGGGCCUGUGCUGCUGUCAGUCAUGCAGGUCAGCCAACCUGGUCCCUCAUUGGGUGAUGCUGGCGGUGGCAAGCUACAGCGGGCUCCAACAACAACAAUGGGAGGAGGGAACACAUUGGAGGGGUCUCCAGCAGAGAGAAGCUCUUCCUCCUCCUCCUCUUCGUCCUCCUGUCCCGGGGGCUCUGAGCAGGGGUGUGGAGGUCUGUCUGACCCUGCCCAACGUGGGGAUCAGGGUGGGGACCAGGGUGGCGAUGCUCUGAGUGAUGGUGGCAGCAGUGGUAGUUCUCUAGCAGCCAGGGUAGCCAGGCUGCUGCGGAGUGAGUCCCCAGGCACAGAGGUGUCCCUGUCCAGCCGAGCCAGUACCGCCACCGCAGACCUGGAGGAAAGCAGGGCCAGAGAGUGGCUGAGGCUGAAGGUGUCGGGGCAGCGGUGUGAACCUCUGGAGCUGAACGCGGAGGACAGACAACGCAUAGAAGAGAUCAAGAGAGAGAUUCUCUUUAAACACCCGCUAAAGAGCCAGAGGAGCGUGGACACAGACAGCAGUACUGCGUCCAGCCUUGUAGGUCCAGGGGGCCAGCCUCCCUCCCUACCCCAGCCUCCCUCCCAACCCCAGCCUCCCUCCCAACCCCAGCCUCCCUCCCAACCCCAGCCUCCCUCCCAACCCCAGCCUCCCACCCAACCCCAGCCUCCCUCCCAACCCCAGCCUCCCACCCAACCCCAGCCUCCCUCCCAACCCCAGCCUCCCACCCUACCCCCACCUCCCACCCUACCCCAGCCUCCCUCCCAACCCCAGCCUCCCUCCCAACCCCAGCCUCCUCCCAACCCCAGCCUCCCACCCAACCCCAGCCUCCUCCCAACCCCAGCCUCCUCCCAACCCCAGCCUCCCUCCCAACCCCAGCCUCCCUCCCAACCCCAGCCUCCCUCCCAACCCCAGCCUCCCUCCCAACCCCAGCCUCCCUCCCAACCCCAGCCUCCCUCCCAACCCCAGCCUCCCUCCCUACCCCAGGCUGAGGAGCAGUUCGGUGUGGAGCAGCAGCAGAGGUUCAGGGCCCUGAGGGCAGCAGAGGACCGUCUGUCCCACCAGCUACAGCAGCUGAGCAGGAAGCCGUUUGACUCCAGUGUUGAGCUGCGUACCCCUCUGAGCAGGAAGCCGUUUGACUCCAGUGUUGAGCUGCGUACCCCUCUAAGGCAGGACCUAGAGGCGCAGGUCAGACAGAUCGCCCUCAGAGAGGGGUUAUCCGUCCUCCCUAGACCCCACCCAGCUCAGGCUCCACCCCUCACCUCCAUCACCAUUGCCACCUCCCGCCACUCCCCCUUCUCCCCCCUCCACCCACUCCCCAAGCCUCUACAGGUGUCUCAGUUCAUCUUAGAAGGGGUCUCCGAGCCCACGGCGCAGGGGUGGCUGCCUCAGACACAGCCCCGGCAGCAGGAGAGGGAGAGCACCACCACCUCAACACACUGCUCCACGUCCACAGACCCAACCACCAUGACUGGAUCACAGCCCCGGCAGCAGGACAGGGAGGGCACCACCACCUCAACACACUGCUCCACGUCCACAGACCCAACCACCAUGACUGGAUCACAGGCCCGGCAGCAGGACAGGGAGGGCACCACCACCUCAACACACUGCUCCACGUCCACAGACCCAACCACCAUGACUGGAUCACAGGCCAACAGCAGCAGUCUGUACCCCAGAGACGGAAAGACACACUUGGACCAGGAGCAGCUGCCUGGGAGAGUCCGAGAGAACCACAUUACUGACCCCCCCAACUCUGGAGCUCCUCUCCCCCUGACUCCCAGCAGGUACCGGCAGAUCUCCCGUUCUCACCCCGAUGUAGGGCACCCCGAGUCCAGCCUGUGUCCUGGAGCAGACUGGGUCUCUGGAGCGUCGACCACCAGGACGGGUCAGGUCUCCCAACUCCACCUCACCCUCUCCCCUGGUCGUAAAGGGGCUGAAGAGAGGUCCCAGAGAGUUCCGUCCUUUGCUCCUCUCAGACACUCCUCUGCUGUCUCCAGCAGUGUUGAUGUAGACGAGAGCCUGGGUUACGCCCCCGAGCCUGCGCCGGCCAAUCAGACGGGGUCGCAGGAGACCAGAGAUCCAAUCAGGAGACAGGGGCAGGAGACGGCCGACGCCUCAGUCCAGGUCACCACGGGAACGGCAACCUCCACCUUCCCACAAUGCUUCACACCUCCCCAGAGGCUGACUGGUACCGGUCCGUCUCGGCUGGUGGCGCUGCCGGUUCUGUUGCCAUAUAAACCACACGGUAGUGAGGAGAUGUUCUACGUAUCCCAGACGAAUACUGACACACAGCUUUCCCCUGUACGAUCUGACACCACCGUGGAGAGUUCACACCCAGGCUCGGACGACGCGGUGCCCCCUCGCUUCAACACGGAGAUCCUGGGGUCACGGGAGCAGCAGGUGGACCAGGGCGUGGACAGGGGGGUCAACAUCAAACACACAGAGGGUAUCUACAGCAAGAGACUAAGACUGGGAGGCGGGUACAGCAUGGAGAGGAGAGGUAACACCGUGCCAGUGGAUGAAUGCCAACCAAUGAGUGACCAGCAUGCUCCACAGCUACGGUGCUACUCUCAUGUAACAGGAGGGUUAACCAGAGGACCUAUACCAACCACCACCACUAGAGGUCCUGCUAUACCAACCACCACCACUAGAGGUCCUGCUAUACCAACCACCACCACUAGAGGUCCUGCUAUACCAACCACCACCACUAGAGGUCCUGCUAUACCAACCACCACCACUAGAGGUCCUGCUAUACCAACCACCACCACUAGAGGUCCUGCUAUACCAACCACCACUACUAGAGGUCCUGCUAUACCAACCACCACUACUAGAGGUCCUGCUAUACCAACCACCACCACUAGAGGUCCAUCUGUGGCCAUGAGAGACCAUGGAACCUCAAUCACCACCACCACCACACACACCCAGUGGGUCUCAGACACGGACCGCCCUGUCCAGCCCUCCCUUCGCUGCAGCCUGGGGGUGGGGGAGGAAGAGCAGGAGGAGUUCCAGCCUCUGCAUGUAGAGAUGGACUAUAGUUGUAUGGACCAUCACCAUCACUUCCCCAACACACAUCCAACCCACCCUCUCCCUCACCCAGGGAUGGAGCGAGAGCCGGGCAGGCGGGACCACAGCCUAGCCCAGUGGAGUGGCGGCACUCUGGACCAACUGUGGCGCAGGUUCAGUGAGAGGUGGAGCUUGGAGGAGGCCCGGCCCACCAAUGAGAGAGAGGCCCCCCUGCUGGAGCGUCUGGAGCGUCUGUCCCGCCUCAUCCAAAGCACCGGGACCUCCACCCUACCACAGCAGCAGACUGACACCACAGAACAAGAGGGAGGAGGAGGAGGAGGACGGAGGAGGAGAGAAGGUGUGGAAGAAGAGAGGAGCAGGAGAGAGAAGGGCAGCAGUAGACGGAGCAAUCCCGAUGCUAAAGCUAACCAGGCUACGGCUAGUGGUGCGCGCCAGGCCUGGGAGGGGGAGGACUGCCCCGCCUCCUACAACUCUAGCCCCUCCCGCGGCCCGGCCCACAGCUCUAGUCCCUCCCACCGCCCGGCCCGCAGCCAAUACCUGUGUCCAGCGGAGAGAGAUACGUUUGGGAGCAUCUCGGGGGAGACCAGCAGCUCCAUGUCGACAGUAGACACAGCCCGACUGGUGAGGGCCUUCGGAGCCCACAGGGUCCGAGGGCAGAAUACUGGAGGAGGGACUAGCUCCAGUCACAGGACCAACCACAGCCUCAGUAAACUGUACAGCACCAUCCACCAGCAGAGGAGAGGGAGACCCAGAGAGACUCCUCAUAUCCCCCCAGUUCCCUCAGAGUCUACUGGCACUGAUGACUCUGUAAUUCCAGCUGACUCUGAAUCAUCAACCAGCACCUACACCCUCCCCUCACAUCGUGGCCCUCCCACUCCAAGAAGGCAGUCAAACUUGUCAGCAAAGGUAUACAGGCAGGUGACCUGGAGAUUGUGAGUAACGGAACACGUCGCCACACCCGCGACGUUGGCACAACGUUCCCCUCGCCAGGCUCAGCCAGGGGUGCCAGGGUACCCCCCUCCUCAUCCUCUGGUGGCAGAGAGGAGGCCUGGAGGUUCCUAAAGCAGGGGAAGAGCAAUAU